GAUGUAAGCAUAAGCCACACCCCCUCACAUAAAAAAGCACAUUGAUUUCCUCAUCUUAAUUUCCUCGUUGGUUCUAGUCUGAUUCAGUACUGCAAUGGUGCAUAUGAUAAUUUCAGCGCUGUUGAUCUGUGGCACGGGUUUUCUCACAACUAAAGCAUCUCAGUCAACAAAUAUCACAGCUCAUCCAGGAGAUAGCGUGACUAUCUGGUGUCAACACACCACAAAUACUGGAAACAACAUACACUGGUUCAAGCAAACAAACAGUGCUGUACCUCUUAGCAUUGUAUACAUGAUGUUACCCUACGAGCUUGAAGUAAAGGCAACAUAUUUAAAUGGUUUUCAACCAGACCGUCUUGUGAUGUCCCUGAACAGCAAAAGCACAUCCCUAAAAAUUUUAAAUGUGGACAUUUCUGAUUCUGGUCUGUACUUCUGUGGUUGGCAAAACUGGGUGAUGGCAUUCGGUGAUGGAACACACCUAGACAUUAAAGAGAGGAGUGUUACACCACUGCAAAAUGAAACAGAAAUAACAAAUAAAGAUCUGAAAAAGAGUCCGAUUUCUGCAAGAGACUGUUCUGAAAACAUCUUUUAUAAGCUGACCAUUAUUUUUGGUGGUUUUAUUGUUAUGCUCAUCAUCAUUCUGCUCACCAUGCUCAUCAUUAAGAUACAGAACAGAUACACGCAGGGAAAAGAUGCUGAUCACCAUGAAACACAACAUCAUGAGGAGCCUUAUUCAUCAGUGUAUGCCGCUCUACAAUUCUCAAAACACAAAUCCAGAAGAGCAGCCAGAAAUACAGAAGAUACAGAUGUUGUGUAUUCUGCUACUACAUAGUCUAACAGUGGCACACGGUCAAAUAUUGUAGCCUACUCUAAUGUUUAAAAGCCAUAUGAUCACCAAGACUCUAAUAUUUAUACACUAUUACUAAUGCCUUACAUUUAAAGUGAAUGUGAGCUCUGCAAUGUUCAGUAUUUUCAAUGCAAUAAAAGCUGUAAAGAUCAAAUGCA